AGCCGAAGGAAGAGAGAUUUCUUUUUGUUCUAAAUAACACUUCCCACCCCCUUCAAUACUUUCCCAUUCCCCCCUCGUGACAUCGGGGCUCCCCUCAUUUCCGCGCCUUUCUUUUUCUCUGCUGUGGUUUUCGUAUGUGUGUGUGUGUUCCUCGGCGCACCCCCUUCACAGUUUUCCGCACAUCGCCACUCCUACAGUUCUCUUCCAUUUGAGCGGAGUUCGCCGUCUCAUACUUCGCUGGUGCGUUCGCUUCCCGUUCCUUCUUUACCUUCUUUAUGCUUUUUGUUGACCUUUUUUUAAAGUUAGAUUCGAUCUGUUUUCUUUUGUUCUUCUUUGUGUAUAUCGAGAGGCGUUUCUUUCUCGUCUCCUUAUCUUGUUCUCUCCUCUGCCGUUGCUGAGGCGGGUUUCUGUGCGGAAGGCAAGGAAAUAUCUCGUCGUGGUUGCUGGUAACGGGUGGGAGUCGCAGGCGGUCGUGCUUUCCGGGCUCGCAUCUUCUUUUUUUUUACUUCUACGUAGACAGCGACAGCAGCAGUGGCAACAAUAAAAGGACACGAGGCUCCUCUCAGUGAAUUUUAAACUUUGAGAGCUGCAGAGUCAGGCAGCAUUAUUAUUAUUAUUAUUAUUUGUUCUCGUCCCUUAUUUCCGCUUAUAUCUGUGCUCACCGCCAACCAUCGUUGUUCGCUACCUAUGUGUCGCCGUGUUGACCCAUCGCAGCCUCCGUAGCCUACUUCCCCUUUUUUUCCAUCCGUCUUCUUCUUCUUUCUUGUGUCUAUUGUCGUGACUAAAAAUAGAAUUACAAGAAGAUGCCUGCCACUUUAUUACCUUCGCCAAACACCUCUACCAAAGAGGAAAUGCCCGACGAGAGUGCGGCAGCGGCGCAGCCGGAGAGCGUGACGUCGGCGGUCUCCUCUGAACCGUCCGCGAAUGUGUGGACCAUCUUUGAGCUUUGCAGCAGCUCCGAAUCUGCCCUGCCCGGUGUCGCUGCGCACGCGAUCCCGACGGUGCACAACACUGAACGACGAGCUUCCUCAGCAAGACCGCACGCGGAGCAAAACAAGAAGAGGAACAGCGUCGACUCGAUGACGCGCGCGUCCACCGGGAGUGUGCCCGUUACGUCCUUCCGCGAACCAAGUCCACCGACGUCCCGGCUCGCUGGCGCCAGUUCACUACCGGAAAAAAUGGUUAGCGGAGGGCGAAAGGGCAGUACCACGCCGGCAAUCCAAACAUCACGGCCUGCCAGCGCAGCGGCGGCGGCGGCGUCGACCUCACGCACUGCCGGUUUCUUCCAAGCAUGGGAGGCAGAACCACCCGCUGCGCCGCCUCCGCAGUCCGGCAACGGUCAGGCACCGUCGCCCAUUCGACGGCCCCUCCCGCAGUCUUGCGGUGAUCACCCGCACACGAGUAGGGUGGCGUUGGAUGGCGCACCAGCGAGCACUCACAACGGCGCACCGACGAAGGUUCCGCGGGGGAGCAAGAACCUCGAGGCGCCGGCCAAUGCCCAACCACAACGGCCGUCCAGCUUACAUUCCGUAGAACAGGCAUUCCCGGCGGUGCAUCCCCGGCGAUCGUUCGACCAGCCGAGUUCCCACAAAAGCAGCUCCUGUAAGAGCAACUCCGACGACUUCUACGUGUAUAGCGAGCGCACCCGACUCAGCUCGGAAAAGUCUUACUCUCUUAGUGAGCACAGUGACGGCACCAACAACCGCGGCACUCGGCCGUACCGCAGCAAGCACAGUGUCUCGCGCCGCGGUACCUCAUCUCCGUCGUUGCCGCGCCGUACGGUGAGCGGGCCCGACCAACUCUUUGCCGUAAUCACGAGCCAUGUCCUCCAGUUCUUUCGCCAGCCUUGCUCGCUGAUCAUGGAGAUCGUCGUGCCGCUCAUCUUCGUCGCGGUGACGAUCGUUCUCUGGACUAUCUGGGGGACCGUGCGUUUUCCUGCUGCGUCCUUCGUGCCGCCCGGUACGCCGGCACUGGGUUAUUUUCCCAGCCCGGAAGCGCUGAACCUGUGCGUGAACAUGAGCGCCUUCAACGGCACCAUUGGGGCACUGCCGCCCUGCAUGAAUGUUUCGUACAACUUCGUGUGCGACGGCGACUUCAACGCCGUGCCGUUCCCUGCGCGCUCUAUUUGCCGUAAUUCCUACACACCCUUUUCCGCGCUCAUCGACGCCUUCAUCAGCUCCUUCAUUGACAGUAUGUCGCGCGUGCCGUCGCUCGACUCGAUCAUGACCUACCAGAUGUUGGCGCAGCUCGACAGCGUCCACGUCAAUCAACUGGGCGCGAUGUCAGUCAGCAAGCUGUACCCGAUCACCGCCUACAACGCCAUCGCCAGCUCCGGCACCCUCUACUUCGUUGGCGAGCAGCGCUUCACCGGUGCGUUGAUGGCACACAUGCGGGACGUGUCGAACCUGUUCUCGUUAUUUAGCGACCCAACUGUCUACGGCAGCGUGGCGGAGGCGCGGAGCGCACGACCUGCCGGGAAGAAGAUUUGGGCCGUGGUGGAAGUGCGGUCGGCGGACGCGAAGGGGCUCGACCUGGUGCUCCACAUGAACAACUCCGCCCUGCCCUCCUUCGGCGUGAUCAACGAUCCUGCCUACCCCGGCGGUGCGCUCAGGGAAACGACCGAGGUGUACGUCGCCUCCGGCUUCAGCACCCUGCAGCAGGUCGUGAGCGAGUUCUACCUCAACUACUCCUCCAUUUACAACGCGACUCAGACACAGAUGCUGGCCCCCUUUGCGUACCCCCACUACAUUCGCAUCCCCCUGCUGCUGGCGCCCCGCGAAAUUCUACCACUCGUCUUCGGCCUGGCCUUCCUGUACACGGUGUCGCAGCAGGUGAAGCGCACGGUGCUAGAGAAGGAGCUGCGCAUUCGGGAGGCGAUGCUCAUCAUGGGCCUGAAGCAGUGGACACUCUACGUGAGCGACUUCGUUGUCCAGUUGGUGCUUUUCGUGAUCGUCUCCGUGGCCGCCGCCAUCAUGCUACAGCUAUCCUUCUGCACCCGAAGUGACCCGUUGGUGUUGCUGCUCAUCUUUCUCCUCUUCACGCUAACGACGAUCCCGCUGUCCGGCAUCAUCGCCGCCUUCUUUAGCAAGGCCCGACUCGCCUCCCUCGUCGCCCCUGUGAUAUACUUUAUCCUUGUUAUUCCCAUGUUUGCCAUGGCUAACGCUAAAGGUUCGAUCGUUACCGGCUUCUCCAUCUUUUCGCCCACCGCCUUCUGCGCCGCCCUCAGAAUAUUUCUCACCCACGAAGUCAGCACAGGCUUUGGGGGCGGCGACCUCUGCAGCCAUCACGACGACCCGACGAUGGCGGUCAUCCUCGGGAUGCUGACGGCGGACUUCUUCCUCUACUACCUGCUGAUGCUCUACCUGGACGCCGUGGUGCCGAAGGAGUGGGGCACGCCGAAGCACCCGCUGUUCUUCGUUCUGGACCCCAUCGACUGGUGCUUCCAGCGCAAGCACAAGCGGCUGGAGGGCGGCCCCGACGGCCGUGCGGAGAACGGCGUGUUCGAGACGACGGACUACGCGGACGACGUCGUGUCGUUCGACGGCCUGCGCAAGGAGUACACGCGCGGCGGUGAGAGGUUCCUUGCGGUGAACAACCUGUACUGGGGGAUGCAGGAGGGCGAGAUCUCCGUGCUGCUGGGCCACAACGGCGCCGGCAAGACGACGGUGCUGAACAUGAUGACGGGGAUGACGGAGCCGGACGAGGGCGACUGCUACAUCUACGGGCACUCUGUGCGCACGGAGAAGAGCGCUGUGCGGCAGCUGCUGGGGUUCUGCCCGCAGCACAACAUCCUGUGGUCGGAGCUGACGUGCCGCGACCACCUGGAGUUCUACGGGAAGAUCAAGGGGCUGAAGGGGUGGGAGCUGGAGGACGCGAUCUGCGGCAUGCUGUUCGAGACGGACCUGCUGGACAAGAUGGACCAGCCGGCCGGCCGCCUCUCUGGUGGCAUGAAGCGCAAGCUGUCGAUUGCGAUCGCGUUCGUGGGCGGCAGCCGCCUGGUGUUUCUCGACGAGCCGACUGCCGGCCUGGACGUCGGCGCGCGGCGCCAGGUGUGGGAGCUGCUGAAGCGCAUGGCGCAGUCGCGGACGCUGCUGCUGACGACGCACUACAUGGACGAGGCGGACCUGCUGGGCAGCCGCAUCGGGAUCAUGAGCCAGGGCCGUCUGAAGUGCACGGGCAGCAGUCUGUUCCUGAAGUCGCGCCUCGGCGUUGGCUACAACAUCGUCAUCUCCAUCGACCCCGAGAUCGACGCGGCCAGCGUGGACGACGCGGUGCUCGGCGCGGUGGCGGGUGCGACGGUGCUGGGGCACAACGGGUGCGAGUUGAGCUAUCAGCUGCCGUCCAGCAGUGUGGAUCAGUUCCCCGCCUUGUUGAGCGAGAUCGACUCCGUGGAGGCGGAGGGUAUUCGCGGCUACGCCUUGUCGGCGACGACGCUGGAGGAGGUGUUUCUGAAGGUGUCGGAGGAGGACUUGGAUUUCCGCGGCCGCGGAACGGAGGAGGGCGACGUGGAGCUGAUCUGGAGCUGCGAGGUGACGACCUCUGCGCUGUGGUCGCAGUUCCGCGCGAUCAUGGAGAAGCGCCUCUGGAACGCGCUGCGUGACCGUCGGAUGCAGUGCUUCCAGAUCGUGUGCCCGGUGCUGUGUAUCCUGAUUGCGAUGUUGCUGAGCCUGGUGCAGUACCGUACCCCGCAGACGCUCUCGUUGACGUACGAUAUGUUUAGGCAGCAGCCGCGAUCUGUGAUGGACACCGCCUUCUGCUACCAGAUGUGGGGCACCGAGCCGUACGACGAAGGCUUUACCGUGAACGAAACCUACUUCCAGACGGCGGCGAUGUUGUCGGAGAUGCUGCUGGACACGUGGUAUGUGCACGCAGAGCCGCGCUACGGUGCUGUGUCCUGCUUGGAUGCGAACAUGACGUACACAUUGCAGGGGCAGCAUGCAUGGCGCGGGAACCACGUGAAUGUGUUUCUGUAUAACAGCUCCUCGUAUCAUCAAGUGGCGCUGAACUUUGCCUCCUUUUACGACCUCUUCCUCAAGCACUUCAAAGGAUCCGAUGCCUACAACAUGAAGUACACCGCAACGCUCUUUAAUAAACCCUCCACCACCUCGCAGCUCAGCUUCGUCUUCAUCGGCGCGUUGAUCAUGGUCCCCUUCACCUUCCUGCCCUCCAACCCGGUGGCGUGGAUCGUGAAGGAGCGGCAGUGCGGGGCGCGGCACCUGCAGAACCUCUGCGGGCUGAACUUCUUUGUGUACUGGGGGGCGAGCUUCCUCUUCGACAUGGCCGCCUACUUCAUCACGAUGCUGCUGUGCGUUUUGAUAUUCGCCUGCUUCAACCGACAGGAGUUCACCGCGCCGGAUCGCGUCGGUGGUACUUUUGUGCUGUUCAUCGUGUACGGCUUCACGAGCACGGCGUUCGGCUACUGCCUCAGCUUUCUGUUUCGGGAAAGCACCACUGCCCAAAGUGUUGUCAUGGGUGUGAGCUUCGUUGCUGGCUUUCUUUUGUUGAUGAUCGUUUACGUCCUCUCGCUUGACGCCGAGAAUGUAAGUAUUGCGAAUAAAAUGCGUUGGGGCUUUCGCGUCAUCCCGUCGUACUGCAUCGGCGAGGGCAUCGUUAACUUGCUGACCCUCACCGGCAAGGUGAAUAUCGGCUCCGCGACAGGUGUGUGGGACAUGGACCAGCUCGGGUGGUCGCUGGUGUACAUGACGGCAGAGUUCCCUGCCCUGUGCAUCAUCACACUGCUGGUCGACCACCCGGCGGUGGGGAGCCUCUGUCAGCGUCUGCGCUACCGGCGCGGUGCGGCACCAAUUAUCCCGAGUGAUGAAGACUCGGACGUGGAGGACGAGCGCGAGGCGGUGUACGAGGCCGAGAGCGACGUCGAGGACGCGACGGACGUGGUGCGUGUGGUGAACUUGCAGAAGAAGUACUCGAACGGGAACGUGGCGGUGAAGGGCAUCACCUUCUCCAUCUUCCCCGGCGAGGUCUUCGGCCUGCUGGGCACGAACGGCGCGGGAAAGACGACGACGAUAUCGAUGCUGUGUCAGCAGUUCCUGCCCACCGGGGGCAGCGCGUACGUGUGCGGGUACGACAUCGUAACGCAACGUGCGGCUGCGCUGCAGUGCAUCGGCUACUGCCCGCAGUUCGACGGGACGCUGGACCUGCUGACGGUGGAGGAGCAGCUGCAGAUGUACGCGGGGAUCCGCGGUAUUGCGCGUUGGCAGUGGGGUGCGCUGGUGGAUGCGCUGUGCACGCUGUGCGAGCUGACGACGUACCGCAAGACGGUGACGGGCGAGCUGUCGGGCGGCAACCGGCGCAAGCUGUCGGUGGCGAUGUCCCUGGUGGGUGGGCCGCUGGUGCUGUUCCUGGAUGAGCCGUCCGCCGGCAUGGACCCCGUAGCGCGGCGCGGGAUGUGGACGGCGAUCCAGCGCGCGGCGAAGCACUGCUCCGUUGUGCUGACGACGCACCACCUGGAGGAGGUGGAGGCGCUGGCGGACAUCGUCGCGAUCAUGGUGCGCGGGUAUAUCCGCUGCAUCGGCGACAAGGUGCACCUGAAGAACAAGUUCGGCAGCGCGUUCGAGGUGAGCGUGCGGCUGUCCUCUGCGCGACACGCCGACGGCUUCGUUGCUUUCAUGAAGGGCGAGUUCCCUGACGCGAAGAUGAACGAGGGCGACGGCCGCCGCUUUGUGUACCAGCUGCCGCGUGAUCGCGGGUUCGGCGACAUCUUCGAGGUGUUCCAGACGAGCAAGAAGGAUCUGCACAUCACCGACUACAGCGUGUCGCAGACGUCGAUUGAGCAGGUGUUUCUACGCGUAACGGAAGCCUCCAAGCAUCUUUGA